GGACGGGUGUCUGGCAGCGGUCAUAUCAGCCGGUUUGACCUGUCAUCAAACCCAUCAGACUGGAGGAGACGGGUCAGCCUGCAGGCGGCGCUAUAUAUCUCCUUUUCCUGAGGACCCAGCUGUGAGGGGAACCACAAGUCUCAGCAGGAUUACACAGAGGAAUGAUGGCGAAACAGACAACUACAACUCCCACAACCCCCCGGGCUCUCAGGUAGGGGCGGGGCUCCCGGCCUCUUAUCUCAGUCGCUGUGGUAACGAUGUAUUCUCGCGAGGUUUGUUGCUUACCAAGAUGGCGGCGUCCAUAGAGCAUCUGCUGUGUGCGCUGUCCGGGGCCGGGGACCACCUGGAGGAGCUGCGGACCCUACAGACGGCGGUGCUGGCCCUGCCCCUGGGGGCCCUGAGGGAGAGGGGCCCGGAGCUGCGGCUGGACGGCGUCUUCUCCAUCAUGAACGGCGGCGACAGGGAGCAGGUUUCGUUGUGCGUUACGAUCCUGGAGAGAAUCCUUCAGGCUUUGGAUCCGGUUCACAUUGCCAGAAAUUAUAAGGAAGAACUGCAGAGGGGGCUGCACCACCCCGAGGACCCCGUCAGGCUGCUGGCUAUAUCACAGGUCGGGAGGAUUGUGGAGAGUUCGGAGGCGAUGACCGAAAUACUGAACAACCUGGAUCUGCUGAGACAAAUGAUCGUGUGCAUCGGAGGAGACAAGAUCGCGGUGGCGAAGGAGGCGAUGACGUCCCUCUCCAGGAUCGGUCGCAGCUCGCCCGGAUUACAGCUUCUGUUCGGGAGCAACUUGUUAUCAGAACUGAGGGCGGUGAUGGCGGUGAGCGACGUAGUGCGGUACAGAGUGUACGAGCUGGUGCUGGAGAUCGCCUCCGUGUCGGCCGAGUCUCUGAGCUUCUGUGCCAAUUGUGCCAUUCUGCCGCAGUUACUGGAGGAGCUGACGGGGGACGACGUCCUUGUGAGGGUAGCCUGUGUGGAGAUGGUCACAUCCCUGUCGGGCACACUCCAUGGACGCCAGUAUCUGGCCCAGCAGGGAGUCAUUGAUAAGAUAUCUAACCUGAUAGUGGGGGCGGACGCGGACCCCUUAUCGGGGCUCUAUUUACCAGGUCUGGUGAAAUUCUUUGGAAAUCUGGCGCUGGUGGACAGUCCGCAGCAGAUCUGUGAGCAUUACCCAGCAUUCCUGAAGAAAGUGUUUGAUAUGGCGACGGGUCAGGAGCCCACCAUGAUCGGCGUCGCUGUGGACACACUGGGGGUCCUGGCCUCUAACAUAGAAGGGAAACAAAUACUACAGAAAGCGGGUAGCCGAUUUAUUGAAGUUUUCAGGAGAAUCGGUCACCAUGCGAGGAGCAGCCCCACCGAGCUGCGUGUGCGUUGUUUAGACGCCAUCGCCUCCAUCAUGUUCCUCCUGCCGGACGACCACACGGACGACCUCCUAGCGAUGGCGGAGUCUUGGUUCCGGAGCCUGUCCACCCAGCCCAUAGAGACGUUCCGGAGCAUGGCGGCCCAGCCCUUCCCGGAGCUGCACUGCGGAUCGCUCAAGGUCUUCACUGCCAUCGCCAACCAGCCCUGGGCGCAGCGGAUGAUGAUUGACAGCCCGGGGUUCGUGGAGUAUAUCGUGGACCGAUCUGUGGACCCCGACAAGGAUUCCAAGGACGCCAAAUUUGAACUUGUUAAAGCGCUAAUUGGCGCCAAAACCACAGCGGAAGUGUUCGGGAACCAACAUUACCUGCGGUUGCGCGCCUAUCACCGGGAGGGCCCCUACUAUGUCAGAGCCGUGUCCACUGUAGCGGUGGAGGGAGCAGAGUAGGUAACGGAAAAGACGUAAUGUGAGCGACCGACUGCGGAGCAAUGGUGGACGCUGGGGCCCUCUCGGUGGCGCCUCUACGGGGCCUGUUACUUUUCCAUAGAAAAUAUACGAUAUCCAAGAGGGCCGCCUCCUGUGCUGUCUGUUCAUCUGACCUCGGUGGGCGAAGAUGUGCUUGGUGCUGGGGCACUCUAUGUUAUUUGUGGGGUCACAUGACGCAGACACAACCAGUCAUGUGUCCUGAGGGUCUCCAACCAGGGUGCCUCUAGGUAAUGCGAAACUACAACUCCCAGCAUGCCCGGACAGCCAACAGCAUGCUGGGAGUUUUAGUUUUGCAACAGCUGGAGGCACCCUGGUUGGGAAACACUGGUUCAAUCAUUGCAUAAUGAAACAGUCCAGAGUCUUCUUUUGGGGGACAAAUUCUAAACUCUUUGCGCCAAAAAUUUUGGCAUGAAAAACUUUCCACCAGAUAUUUAGUGUUUUACACCAGACUAAUCCAAGGUUCACACUAGUCACGCCAGUUCUUAGCUCGUGUAGAUAGUGUGAGGAAUGAGCGGUGCCUCGGUGCUUCGCCCCACUCCUGUCUGUGCUUCGAUCUGGUGUAGAUAGUGUGAGGAAUGAGCAGUGCCUGGGUGCUUCGCCCCCCUCCUGGCUGUGCUUCGAUCUGGUGUAGAUAGUGUGAGGAAUGAGCGGUGCCUCGGUGCUUCGCCCCCUCCUGGCUGUGCUCUCU